GUGACAGUUUCCACGCUUUCGUUCCAGCCUUAGCAACCGGGAGGGAUGGAGGGGCGGGGCUUAAACCGGCGGUUGAGGGAAGACCUGGCCGGUUUGAUGCGGGGUGAAAUGGGAGUUGUAGUCCGAUCGGACUGGGCUGGGCGGUUAACUAUUCUUCCGGGCACGUUGGGAAUUGUGGUUUAUUGUCUCUGACUUGUUGCUGUGCGUGGACCUUUACCUUCUCAGGCAAAUGUCUUCUGCUGAGGCUGUGAGCGGCACCACACCUGUUGGUGUUCAGAUGGAGCAGCAUUCUAGUCAUCCUACUAACAGAAGAGCCAAAGAGGAAGGUAAUGCUGUGCCUCUUUGUCGAGCCAAACCCACCCCCAGCUUUAUUAAUCUUCAAGCAAGUUCCCCACCAGCCACUUGCCUGAAAAUCCUGGCAACAAAGCUGUCCUCAGGAAUUGACCACAGGCCAAGGAAUGCCUAGGACUCCUAGAAUGUAUGUAUGCCAGUCUCCAGCUUGAGACCCAGCUUGCCCAACAACAGAUGGCUAUUCUUGAAAAUUUACAAGCAUCCAUGACACAACUGGCUCCUGGGAGAGAAAGCCAGAACUCUUCUCUCCCAACCUUAUCUUGCAAUCUGUUGUUAAAUCACCUGCCCCAAUUCAGUAAAUGAAUCGUGCAACAAAGUUAUUGUGUAUGUUUUCCCUACUCUCUUCCCAGUAAACUCUUGGUGGAA